AUGCCGAAACGCAAGAGCAAUGCCCUAGAGGCACUAGCAAACAAGCGCGCAAAGCUCGGCGCAGCCUCGAAGUCACUCGAGGAGUACUCCCUUAAGCCAAACACUUUACGAGACCGAGAGCGUACUGCCGCUAUGGACGAAGAAAAGAGGGCACAGGAUCGAUACCGCAAAGCGCGCAACGAAUCCUUCGCGCGAUUCAAAAAGGAACUUAUCGAGGGCUGGAGAAAGAUACAUACAAAGGAGUAUAAUCAAAAAGCUACAAAGAAGCAGACUGGAAAGAGUGCAACACUUCCUCCCGAUAAGCAGGCAAAGAUUGAUGAAGCCGACUGGUUUCUCGAACUCGGCAAUAUCGACUCUAAGGAACGAUUGACAUUCUAG